CAGGCCAUGCCAGAGCCACGCCCGUGGAAAGUGACGGUGCGCGACGAGGCGAGCACAGGAGACGGUCCACAGAGGCAGCGGUGGCGGGAGGGCUGGAAGAGGCGAGAGGCGGCGGAAACGGAAGCGGCAGCGGAGGCGGGGAGACCGGUCGCCAUGGGAGGACGUGCCUGGGGGGACUCGAGUCCCAGGACCCUUCCCUCGGGACCAGGCUCGGUCGGGCCCUUAUAUGAUAAAAAAGAACGGACGGGCUGGAUAGUAAUGCCCACACCCGCCCUCCAUUAGAGCGGGGAAACCACGAGAAUUCCCCAAUCCGCCGCCACCAAAUUCAAAUCUCUUCACCAAUUCCUCCCCUCCGCACCACCUGAGAGGCUGAGCGCUUGAGCCUGGGACCCAGCGAUCGCCAUGGCAUCGGCGACGCUCUUCCUCGCCCUCCAGUGCGUGCAGUGCGCCACCCUGCAGGUGAAGCAGCAGCAGCAGAAGAAGAGCAGCAACAAGUGGGUGUGCGUGGUGUGCAACCAGCGCCAGUCCGUGCUCCGCGUCCACGCCCGGGGCUACCGCGCCGCUGACCUCCGCCGCUUCGUGCAGGACGCCAACAUGUCCCGCGGCCGCCGCGAGUUCGCCCCUUUGGCCGAGGCGGCGGCGGCGGCCGAGGAGGAGCGGGAUGAGAUUCCCAGGGGGGAGAGGCGGAUGGACUGGUCCGAGUACCUGGACAGUCCGAGGGAGCAGCGUGAUGGCUGGGGCGGCGUAGAUGGAGAAACAGAUACAGGGAUUGAAGUGACAACUGAACUGCCUCAAGAAAGGCCUAAAAUUCGGCCUCCCAAAGCCCAACUGGGUGUAGCAGGAAAGAGACCCAAGCCAUCAACAAAUCCCACUUUAUCCAAGAGGCAGCGGAUUGAGCAAGUACCAAGUCCCUGGUCUGCGACUACUACUGCUGAAGCACAAAGAUCAAAAUGGAGCAAGUAUUUGGACCCAAUCUUCUCUGGAGAGAGAAAUGGUUCGGAGAGCUCUGAGCAGCACUGGACUGAAACUGAUCAAUAUGCCGCUACUGAAGUAGUAGUGGAUGAGGAGGUACACCCUGAUUUCAUCUGAUCCCGUAUUGGAUUGGAAUGCGGAACACCUGUUUUGGUAGCAGGUAGUUUGAUAGAGAUGCAAUGUGCUGUUAGAUAUUCUUUAGUAUGACGUGAUCUCCAGAGUAGAUUGAGUUGAAGGAACAAAAACUGAAUAGAAAUUAGGAUAAGCAAUAAGUUGUCGAAACAAUUGUUCCUUUGACGGAUGCCGGGCACUUGUUAACGAAAAUGAUGUUUUCAUCACAUCUUGAUAUCUUGCUCUUUCCUCA